CUUUCGCAGCUCUGCUCAGACACGAAAUGGCAGCCUGGACUCUGGCUCCACUGCCACAGUCACUGCGGCGUCAACCGAACAUCGGUUUGUGGGGGUCUGAACAACGCUCGAAAUCGCGUCCAAACAUGUAUUCGAAUGGCCAUUGAUGCAGGUGCGGGCUUGAUUAUCCCCUCAGCCACCGCCAGAGACGAGAAGGAUCUCCUGAACACAAACGACAAGAUAAUGUGCGCUGAUGUCUUUUGGAAUAUGCAAUUCCUAGAAAAAAAACUAGGAAAAUAUUGCCCCCAACUAGAGCUACGAAUGUGUGAUGAUAGGAGAGGUAUUGAACGAGUCAUCGAAAGUCCCCGCAGAGAAUAUCUCGAAGAGCCUUUCGUGAAAGGAGCAUUUCGAGAAACCAUAGCAAUGGUUGUAUCAGGAAAGCAGACGAACUUACGCAAUAUGAGCACGGCACAUCAAGUGGUGUUUGAUUUCGGAGACUCAUAUAUAGGGUGGAACUACAGGGCUUCGAAUGAGCUGGACACGAUUCGAAAAGCGUUGUUCAAGACUCUGACGUUCAAUCGUCAGCUGCUGGAUCUGAGUACGCAGAUCUCGCACGAUCGGAGAUUAAAGCAUGAUGCGUACAUAGGUGUGCAUCUGAGAGGCGAAAGCGAUUGGCCUGCUGGCUUCGGGUCUGCGGAUGAUCAGAUGCGUCUCUAUACGAAGGAAAUCGAACGUAUCCAGUCUCUCUCACCAGGCGGUACCAAUACCAUCUAUGUCAGUUGCGGUGACCAAUCCGUCAUUCAACGGUUUCGAGACCUACUUUCUCCUCUCGGCUACACAGUUCUUGACAAGAAUCUCAUCCUAUCAUCCCAGCCUGCUACUCUUAAACAGCUAGAGGCGUUGCCCUUUGACCGCAAGGCAAUUGUAGAGUACCAAGUCCUGGUCAACGCCAAAUUCUUCAUGGGAGUCAUCAUGUCAUCGAUGUCAUCUCUCAUUGCAUACGCCAGAACAGUCGACGACCCCAAAGACUAUUUCGACACAUAUGUCUUCCCUGGAACGGAGAGGAACGGGCUCGAGAGGAUAUAU